GUUCAAGGCACAUCUGGUGAACAAUGGCCAAGCGGCUAUCGGUGGCUUUUGUCCUCUGGGCUCUGGGGGGCCCUGCUGGGCUCCACCAUCUCUAUCUGGGCCGGGACAACCACACCCUCUUGUGGAUGUUGACUUUGGGGGGCUUUGGAGUAGGGUGGCUUUGGGAGCUGUGGCUGCUACCUAGUUGGGUGGCGCAGGCUAAUAGUGCCACAGAACAGCACCAGGAUGAGCAGCCACCUUUGAGCCCCGUGCGCCUCCUUGGUCAGGCCUUGGUGGGCAUCUAUUUUGGGCUGGUGGCCUUCAUUGGCCUGUCAUCCUUGCCUGGUUUCUACUUCCUAGCUCUGCCCCUGGCAGUGGGCCUUGGAGUUCAUUUGGUGUCUGAAGUCGGUGACCAAGCUUCAGAUCUUCAGGGUACCUUGAUGGCUGCCUUCAUAACUGCCCCCAUUUUCUAUGGUCGUCCUGUGGCCAUCUUGCCCAUCACUCUCACAACCACCAUAGCAGCCCAGAGGCACCGGCACUAUAAAAUCCCCAGGGGCACCAGUGAGAAGCUUAGUGCACGACUGUACCGACUGGGUCUGGCUUACCUGGCUUUCACCACACCAUUGGCCUACUGUGCCUUCUACAACACAGCAGCCACUGCCAGUUACAUAGCCAGCACUAUGGGGACCAUGCUGGACUGGCUCAGUGUAUUUCCAUCAGUGGGCGGCAUUAUGGAAUCAGUGCUUCUCCUUCCCUACCAUGGCUGGAAGACAUUGGGCUUCAGUGGUGGCUACUUCCAGGAGUGGGAGAAAGUGUUUGCAUUUGUACAGUCUUUCCAGAGUGAAAGGCAGCGGAUGGCAUACCAGGUUUUAGGUCUCCAUGAUGAUGCCACAACUGAGGAAAUCAACAAAAGCUACCGGAAGCUGGUGAAGCUUUGGCAUCCAGAUCACAAUCGUCAGCAGGCAGCAGAAGCCGAGAAGCGUUUUAUUGAGGUUCAGGCUGCUUAUGAGCUCCUUACACAGAUGAAGAAAUCGAAACCUGUAUGACCGGACUCCUGGAUGUCUCGCUGGAGAUAUAACAGCUCUGUGUAAUAUUCUGCUGCUGGGGGUCAAAGCCUAACUUUGGAAACCUUGGUGUUUUAAAAUUCAUUUUAUAUUGUUUUGUUUUAUAUUGUUUAAAAUAUGCUGUAAACUGCCUUGAGGAUAUAUUAGCAAAAGGCAGUAUAGAACUACAAAAAUAAAUCAAAAUAAAUAAAAUAAAUGGCUCUCUGCUGCAAGGGGCACUUCCCUAAGAAGCUAAGGUGCAUGCUUAGGGUAGUACCUUCUUUAUGUGUCAAAUUGAUCCAAAAGAUAAAUACACAUGUGGCCAACCUGAGGCUCUCCAGCUGGGGUUGUACUACAGCUCCCAUCAUCCCCUGCUGCAAGAAAAUGCCCCCUGGGACAAGGUUGAUGGGCUUCUCCCCCACUCAUCUUGAUGGGCCCCUCCCCCGCUCACCUUGCCCCUCUUCUUCAGAGAGAGGCAAGGAGGAGAGCAAAGAGCAACAUUUGAGCACAUUUAUCCCCUUUGCUCAAUUGUUGCUAUGCCCCUAUCCAACACAUAGAUUCAGUUUGGAAGCUUCACAUAGGUUCCUCACCUCCAGUACUGACUUUUAGACACCUGCCUGUUCUGUUUACCCAAGCUUUAACAGUAACUGGAAUCUCUUGGUUUGGACUUCUAUUUGUAUUUUUAUUGCUGGUUUAAAAAAAAUAUUUUGGAUUAACUUUUAGUUUGUUUUAAUUAUUGCUGUUGGGUAGUUGUGAUAUUGCUUUUAGCUAUAUUUGUCAGCCAGCUUGAGGGCUUAUAUAGAAGAAAGGCAAAAUACACAUGUCUUUGAAUAAAUAAAAAAGCAAGCAAGCAA